AUGAUUCCAUUUGUGCAGGUCCGGCUCACCUAUCGCACGGCCUACUCCACAGGAGUGGCAGGUCGCAUUCCGGCCUAUGAAGAUCGGGGUGAGAACUUCGCAGGCAUUCACAACAUUGGCCGCAAGGAGUCCCAGUACAUGAAGUUCCAGAAAAGCAAAGCACCCUUACUGGACUGGAGUGCCGUCAGCAGUCGAAGGGAAUAUACUCCGCAUCCCUUAGGCGAUAACAAGGUGAACGCCAUGCUGGCAGCGAGUUUCAAAGCAGGCUGGAAAGGUGGAGCUGCGACCAAUGCAGCGGAGAUGCAGGACCAGACCUCCUACAAGGACGCCUUCACAGGCUAUCGCGGCGACCGCCUGAAGUCUGCGAAGAUGAAGAGCGCAAAGCCCAAGAGUGGCCGCACCCACACGAUCACAGGCAUGACGGACCUCUUAGAGACGCGACCCAUGUCGCACGUCAGCUUCCAUGCUCAUCCACAGGAUCUUGCAAAAGCAGGCACCAUUCUGCUUCCGAAGCCAAAUCUUGGCUUCAUUUCCAAGUGGGAAGGUCCUCCUGAGAUCCUCGGCCAAUUCCGUUGUGUUUCUCGAAGUAAGUACUGUUGGGAUCACCUAACAAUGGGAUUCCUCCCUCGGAAAAAAAAACACACACAAAAAGGAUACAUUUUGGUGAUUUUUGUCCCGAAUUUUGAGAACAAACGCAUAUUGAAUGCCCAGUAG